AUGGGAGGCAUGAGGGAGGUGAUCCUCACGAUCAUGCGCCUGGAGUGGCUCACCACCUACAUCUGCAAGCCCCCUGAGGACCGCCCUUGGGACGCGCUCGGAUGGAAGGGAAUCAUCGACGAGGGCUACCCUUCCGAGGUCUGGAACGGAUGGAAGCGGGUCCAGUGCCAAGAGCUGAACCACAGCCGCCUUGCCAUGGUGGUAGUCACCGGCCUCGUCGCACAGAGGACGUCGUCAGCAGCGACUACGUCGCAGGUGUCGGCAAGCUCCGCGACGGGGCGAGGUGUGCAUCCAGCCCAUCGGCUAUUCUGCUUGGCGGAACCUCCCUCGCAUCGACGACUUCGUGGCCAAUGUACCCUCUUGGGCCAACGGACCAGCUCUCCACGGUGA